GACAGAGGUAGAAAGAUACAUCUGGCCAUGAAGGCUCUGGUCGUUGUCUUCUUCUACUUUCUCAUGGAGGCAGAUGAGACACGGAAGUAUUCAAAAUGUGAACUAUAUGAGGAACUGACAAAACAUGGACUGGAUGGUUACACAGGGAUUGGCGUAGGACACUGGAUAUGUUUGAUCCUGUUUGGUUCUGGCUAUGACACAGAGUACUACAAGUUUUCAGAUGGCCAUCCAUACUAUGGAUUAUUCCACUUCAGUGGUCUUAAGUGGUGCUCUAAUGGGAGGCAUCCCUCAGAGAACUUAUGUAAAAUUGACUGUGACAAUUUCCUAGACAACAAUAUCUCAGAUGAUGUUGAAUGUGCUAAGAAAGUUGCUGCUAGCAAAGGAGGAAUGAUGUCUUGGAAACACUUUGGAGAAUACUGCACACAUCCGAUGCCUGAAAUAGUAUUUUGGGAAUGUAAGACAGAAUGAAACAGCAACUAGUUUUACUCACUAUGUUUGUGCUGUACUGUCCAAUUUGUGGUAUUGCCACAUCUCACUCAGAGCCAACGUCUUAACGAAAGAAGGCAUGCCUGUAGCCUGAGGAUCUUUUGAACAAAAGACAGGAUACAAAUUGUUAAAAUAAACAAAUACAAUCUCAAUCUAGAAAAUGUGUCCGAAGCCCAUCUCUUACCUGAAUCUGGGAAUAAAUAUUUAUUGGAUCCUUCUAUGACGGUCAGGUCAGCUGCUUUCCAUUUCCAUCUCAAGGCAAGAAAACACAAACGCAGGGACUUGAUCCGUGCGAUGUUCACAGAAGCAAGGCAAGUAAGGAUUGGAA